AUGGUCUCUAAUCUAUCUAUCCCAGUUUAUCUAUCUAUCUAUCUAUCUAUCUAUCUAUCUAUCUAUCUAUCUAUCUAUCUAUCUAUCUAUCUCUUCUUGUCGAACAUCGACCAAGUUGGUAUCUUGCUCAGUCACGAAGCAGACCACUCUUUGUUAAGUUUAGCUGAGGACAAUAGAUUAUUGAAGAGGAAGAUCGUGUUGCGCCAGCUUUUCGAGAAGUCGACCGUAAAAAAGGAGGGUUUGAAAUCAGUUUAUUUAGUUACAUCCUCCGUUCUCUUCCUUGCUUCUUUCUUUUUCUUUCUUUUCUUUCUUAAUGCUUUGAUAUUUCUUUGUUUAAUUUCCUUCCUCCUUCCCCAUCCCUCCCUUUCUUUCUUUCUUUCUUUCUUUCUUUCUUUCUUUCUUUCUUUCUUUCGUUACUUUUCUAGCUUUGCUUCAUUUUAUCUAUCUAUCUAUCUAUCUAUCUAUCUAUCUAUCUAUCUAUCUAUCUAUCUAUCUAUCUAUCUAUCUAUCUCUCUCUAUAUAUAUAUAUAUAUAUAUAGAGAGAGAGAGAGAGAGAUAUAG